GCUGAAACACCCUGUAUAUUCGGUUGGAAGCACUUGAGGACUUGAAAUUGUGUCAUCGAGCCAAGGUUCCAAACCAUGCAUAACGUCCGGGCCAAUAGACGAUAAAGAACGACGCUGCCAUCUGGUCAAUCUUUUUUUUUUUUUUCACACUACGGCAACUUACACGAAGCACAGUUGUCGCUAUCUUGCGAUAAGAUCGAAUCCAGCCGACAGUGAAUAGCACUGCUGCCCCCUUCGUCUUUCAAUUUGGACCCCGUCGAUUCUUCCCUCAGGGGCUGCCGCCUUCUCGCGUGUUCGCUUACGUCAUGCGCACUCAUUCUUUGUAGUUAUCUCGUCAGCGUGAAAUGGCAUCGCUGAAAGAAGAAGAAAACCGAACGUCGGGCGACUGCGCGUGAUCCCGACCAUUCCUUGCGACCGGUGCCCUGCAUGCUAGCAGUCGAUCUCGCGCUUUCAGUCUUUUCUUGUUUUUUCGCAUUUAUUCGAGACCGGUGAAGACAGAAGCGAGCCCAGGUGCUUCCUCGGCGUCUCCUGGGAUAUCCCGGCGUCGCAUGCUAUGGCAGAGAAGUCGCUCGUCGAAAAAGGCAAGCAGGCGGCAAAGACAAUCGCGACGCUGUUUCCGAGGAUCCCGAAGACGUGCACCACCCUGCUGGAGGUUUUCAUCAAGCGCGAGAGCAAGGUGUCCCUGCUGCGAGACCCGCUGACGCACUUCUGCGAGGAGGAGCUGGUGCUGCACGCCCAGGAGUGCCUGCUCAAGAUCAACAAGCAGGUCGUCACGUACCAGGACAUCCGCAGCAUGGUCGAGAACCUCAUCGGCCUGCACACCAUGUGCAUCAAGCGCGACCCUGACGUGGCCCGGACUCAGGGAGAGAACAUGCGCAAGCUGAUCAUCAUCGUGGGCGAGCUGGCCGGCUCGCUGGAACGCAUGUGCGAUGUGCCCGUCACCGACUGGGUCGCCAUCGCCGACUCCAUCAUCAGCCGCAUGGAUAAGCUGAACCUGCCCAAGACGCUCCCGUUUGCAACGUAUAUACCGAAGAUACGUGACUUCGAGAACGUCAGGAUGCUCGGCGCCGGCGGGUUUGGCGCCGUGUACUUGGCCCGGUACAAGCCCGUGGGCUUCGAGGCCUCGCUGAAGCUGGUCAACAUGGACCGGUUCUCGCGCCACAAGCAGGCUGCCAUGGACAAGGUGGUCGCCUCGGUCAUCCGCAACCCGUUCCUCGUCAAGUACUACUCUUGCUACUGCGUCAAGGUGCGCUGUGUGUACAUAUUUCAAUGCAACCCACCUUGCCAGUCAUCGCAAGGUGUAGCUAAAGGGACUUCUGGGGACUCAUGA